UUUUUGGUACUUGAUGUAAUUAUAGGCCAUUAAUUAAAACGAGGUGUUUCUCAAAGCUGUGGGCAAUUUCCUCUCACUUUCCGUCACGCUUCUUCGCAUUCGCUGAUCUCAUCUCCUUCUCUUUCUCCUCGGUUACACAAUGUCGACUGUUGCACUCCCAACUGUUUCCACCUUCAAAGGUUGUGUGAAAAGCCAGGGACCCUCUUUGCUGCUCAGGAGAUCACCAUCCUCUCUCAGCUUCUCCAAGAGCUACUCAAAAUCUUUUGGUCUAAAGUCAUCCAAUGGCUUCAGGGCAACAGCAAUGUCAGUUUACAAGGUGAAGCUCAUUGGACCAGAUGGUCAACAGCAUGAAUUUGAUGCCCCUGAUGACACGUACAUUCUUGACGCAGCUGAGACCGCGGGGGUAGAGUUACCGUACUCGUGCCGUGCUGGUGCAUGUUCUACUUGUGCCGGGCAGCUGAAAUCUGGCGAUGUGGAUCAAUCUGAUGGAUCAUUCCUUGAUGACUCACAGAUGAGCAAAGGCUACAUCCUGACUUGUGUCUCCUACCCAAGAUCUGACUGCAUCAUUCACACUCACAAGGAAGGUGAACUCUAUUGAAUCUUCAUGCAAUGGAACUUUCAUUUUAAUCCUGUUUCUCUGAACUUUUCAGUACUUGUAAACCCAGAAAACUCAGCUGGUUAUUGUCGGUAAUUUUUUCCAUGUCGACCAUGCAACUCUUAUUGUUCAGUUUUCUUGUAUUACUGCUUUCUCCAGUCAAUGUUAGACCAUUGAAUGAAAUUUAAUAUCAACUUAAUUAGUGGCAA